AUGUGUGGUUAGCCGAAGAAGAAGAAGGCUGGCCAAGCAGAGCUGGUAGUCACAUGUGUUUACUUCAUUUCAAGUAGACUAACUAUAGUUUCCCCCAGACACAAACUCACAGCAAGGAAGAAGUAUGAGCUCCUGUCGACGACCAGAACAUUCUGCCCCUCCAGAUGUGUUUUACGACGCAAAGGAGGCAAAGAAAUACUCUCAAAAUUCUCGAAUGAUCGAGAUUCAGACCCAGAUGUCAGAGAGAGCUGUGGAGCUUUUGAACCUGCCAGAGGGACAGCCAUGCUUCCUGCUGGACGUUGGGUGUGGCUCUGGUCUGAGUGGCGACUACCUGACAGAAGAAGGACACUACUGGGUUGGUGUUGACAUCAGCACCGCCAUGCUGGAUGUUGCACUAGAGAGAGAGGUGGAGGGAGACCUUUUAUUGGGAGACAUGGGGCAAGGCAUGCCUUUUCGAGCUGGAACCUAUGACGGUUGUAUUAGUAUCUCAGCUCUCCAGUGGCUUUGCAACGCCGACAAGCGCACACACAGUCCUCCCAAGAGACUCUACGCCUUCUUUAGUACGCUUUAUUCUUCUUUGUCAAGAGGCGCACGAGCCGUUUUUCAGCUGUAUCCAGAGAACUCGGAGCAGCUGGAGCUGAUCACAUCGCAGGCCAUGAAAGCAGGCUUCAGCGGCGGCAUGGUGGUGGACUAUCCCAACAGCAGCAAAGCCAAAAAGUUCUUCCUGUGUCUGUUUGCCGGCAUGACAGGUGUACUGCCAAAGGGAUUGGGAUCAGAAACCACAGACAGGACAGUUGCAAACCAGGUCCAGUUUUCAGGACAAAGAUGCCGUUUUAAAAACAUGAAGGGUAAAUCGGUAAAGGGCCGAGAUUGGAUCUUAGAGAAGAAGGAGAGGAGGCGGAGACAAGGACGGGAUGUGCGAGCUGACACCAAAUACACAGGACGUCAGAGGAGACCUCAUUUCUAGCUGCGACUCGUGCAACACACACAGCCUUCAGUUACAAUCACAGGUGCACUGUCACCAUGAGUCAUGUCUGGAGUGUAUGGACUUCAUUAAAAUACUAUUUUUAUUUCUAGCAGAUGAGCUGUGCAUGUGGAAGAGACAACAUAUUUUCUUUUUCAAAUCAAGCUACAAUGAGAUGUACAGUAUGUACACGGCAACAUCAGACAUCACUACAAUCUGGUCGGAUCAAAUACAAGAGCUCGAUAUCAAAUACAGGGUCGUAGACAACCACAGCAUAUCCCACCACAUAUUUUCUUGUGCGUUUCUAUAUACACAACGUAGUGAUUCAUUAACUAUUUUAUUUAAAGUACUGAUUUAUUGACUCUAUUUUUAUGUUUAAAUAAAAACUCAAGGUCUCUUAUAAACAAACAAGAAAAGACGUGAACACAUUCCUUCUAUACAAACAAACCUGCAACUAUGAAUUAGUGUUGACAUUUUGUGUGUUUACCACAUACCAUCACAGCAAAAGUAAACAUUUGUAUCCCUUCAAUUUUCUACUUUUAGUCAAUAAUUCAGUGCGACAUGCCACAGUGAGUCCAAUAACACCCAAUAGGUUGUGCUAUUAUUGUGUACUUCGCAAAAAACAAAAAGAAAAGACUGGUUCGUAGAUACACACCAAUAAUUGAAUGGUUCCCUCUUUGCCAGAGCUGGGCAAAUAUUUUGACUCGGGGGCCACAUUGACAGAAAAAAAGUGUCUGGGGGGGGCAAGGUGUAUGUGUGUAUAAAUGAUAUAGAUACACAUUUAGCUGUGAAAAUCUGCUGUACAGUAUGUGUUUCGGUCCUUUUUUUUCCAGGAACACCAAUACCAAAAUGCACAAUGUCUGAUAGAAUUCUAAAAAAGUUAUGACAGACCACCUAAAAAAAAUGGAAUGGUAUUUUACAGUUUUUUACUGAAUGGGACACCCAAAAUGUACAUGAAAAUAAAGAAAGUGGGAUUUACAAUAUUAACAAUGAACAAUAAAACACUGAAUAUUAACAACCUAUGAACAUCUUUUACUUCUCAUACCAGCUCCUCCACAGUAGUGUAUCUUUUACAAAUAAGCAAAACACAACAAAAAAUUAACAAACAGCAAAAUAUCAAUGGAAGGUGUGAUAAACACCUACUAUAUGAUAUAUUAUCAUAUAAAAAUCUGCUUCCGUGCCAGAGCGUGACAAAAUCUGGAGAUGAAGAAGAAAAAAUAGAUGAAUUUUGGUGUAGAAAACCAUAUGAUUGAACCAUUAAAAAUGGCGCAAAACAAGUGUCAAAUGUACAUUUCAACAGCAGAAGAAAUAAAAUACUAUAUUAUAUCUUAAAAGAGGUGCAAAAAAACCCCCAUAAAAACACAAAAAUAAUCAAAUGUUUACAAAUAAAAGACCAAGUUCUACAGUCCAGGACAGAACUUCCACCAAGGGCCACAUACUGAAAUGUCAAAGCAUGCAGGGGUCCUUUUUAUGUAUUUCUAUUUUGUGAAAAUAAAUAUAUGUGCUAAAAACAGACAAAUAUUUAAAGACACAACUUUGUGUCACCUUUGUGUUAUUCGGUAUAGGUGACAAAGCAUUUUAUUAUUAUGAUUAUUAUUAGGGCGGUCAAAAUUAACGCUUUAACUCACGCGAUUAUACAGACGUCAAAUUAAUCAUAAAUAAACUCAGAUUAAUAUAAUCAAUUAUUUUGACCACACAUGCUCCUGUACCCAAACCGCAGAUGGUUACCUGAAGGUUGAUAUAAGGUCAGUGCAAAGAUGCGUGAGGAGACUUCGACUGAUGCGCUCGCUGGUAAAUUCCACUUCAACUCCAACUGACUGGACUUCAUAUAAAACUGUUUUGAACAAAUAAUUGACAUUUAGUUAAAAAAAUGUAUCUGCAAAUAAAAUAGCAUUUUUGUCAAAAUACUGAGUUUUUU